GAUUGCUGUGUCAUCAACAUAUGAUUGGAAUAAUAUUUUCAUCAGUAGCGCGGAUAGAAAAAUGAUCACGCUAACAGUCUAAUGGAAUAAUUGGCUUUUCCUAAAAACAUAACGGUUUCCUAAGGCUCUCUUUGUACUGCCACUAGUGAGUCAUUUUUUUUACAAGGACCAUAUACCACCAAAUAAAAAUGAAUCGUUACACCACCACGAAACAGCUUGGUGAUGGUACCUAUGGAAGUGUUCUUAUGGGAAGAAGCAAUGAGUCAGGAGAGCUAGUUGCAAUCAAACGGAUGAAAAGGAAAUUCUAUUCUUGGGACGAAUGUAUGAAUUUAAGAGAAGUGAAGUCUCUGCAAAAACUUAACCAUGCUAAUGUUGUAAAAUUAAAAGAAGUCAUCAGAGAAAACGACCAGCUUUAUUUUGUGUUUGAAUAUAUGAAAGAAAAUCUUUACCAGUUAAUGAAAGACAGAAAUAAAUUGUUUCCCGAGUCAGUCAUCAGAAACAUUAUGUAUCAAAUUUUGCAAGGUCUAGCUUUUAUCCAUAAGCACGGUUUUUUCCAUCGAGAUAUGAAACCUGAAAAUCUUCUGUGUAUGGGUCCUGAACUUAUUAAAAUAGCUGAUUUUGGAUUAGUCAGAGAACUGAGAUCUCAACCACCCUACACUGACUAUGUAUCCACUAGAUGGUAUCGAGCCCCUGAAGUCUUGCUGAGAUCUUCUGUAUAUAGCUCUCCAAUAGAUAUCUGGGCAGUUGGCAGCAUUAUGGCUGAAUUGUAUACGCUAAGGCCGCUGUUCCCUGGGACGAGCGAAGUUGAUGAAAUAUUCAAAAUUUGCCAGGUUCUAGGAACACCUAAGAAAAGUGACUGGCCUGAAGGAUAUCAACUUGCAUCAGCUAUGAAUUUUCGUUUUCCACAAUGUAUUCCUAUAAAUUUGAAAACUCUUAUUCCAAACGCAAGUGAAGAAGCUUUAACUCUUAUGAGGGAUAUGCUGCAAUGGGACCCAAAGAAACGCCCAACCGCCAGUCAGGCAUUACGGUACCCUUAUUUUCAAGUUGGACAAGCAUUAGGACCUCCACCGCAACAUUUAGAGCAGAAGAAGCUAUUAAACAAACCAAUGCAACAGUAUGGACUUCAACCAAUAUCUGUGAUUAAAAAGCAUUCAUCUCCUCCAACUGAUGCAGUAGAGAAGAUCUCAACAGAUUCACCUCCUGUCUCUUCCCAACCCCUCAAGGAAAUUCAGUUUCCACAGAACACAGCUGAUACUCAACUGCCAUUGAAACCAUCACAAGUAAUUCUGCCUAACAUCAACAAAACCAUUACUCCAAAACAAGUAACCAGCGGACCUAAAAAUAGUGCUGUCAGCCUUAAACAUGGAAGACGGCGCUGGGGACAGUCUGUUCUGAAGGAUAGUUGGGACGACUUUGACACAGAAUUAGGCAGUUCAUUUUCAAAGAAGCCGAGCAUGACAAUACUGAAAGAAAAGAAACAAGACUCCUUAUUUGGUUUACCAGCUUCAAUCCCCAAUGGUGAAGAAAACAAGAUUCCUUUAAAUAUGGGCAUAGUGAAAACAGACUCCAGUCUUACCAGAUCAGCAAAACAGCAUUAUCUCAGACAAUCAAGAUAUUUGCCUGGUAUGAACCCAAAGAAUGCAGGAAUCAUAUCUGCUACCAAGGAAGGCAAGCAUGCAACAUGGAGCAGUGCACUAACGUCUAAACCACUUGGUCCGAUUGAUGGAGGAACUGCAUUUAAUAGAACUAAUGCAGGAACUUUCGGAGGAUUUCUAGGCCCUCCUUACAACCCUGGUGGAUACGUCCCUUCAUUUAACAAAAAAGAGAUUGGUUCAGCAGGAGAAAGGAUACAUCUAGCUCCAAUUGGAGCAGCAACAAAUUAUGACGCAUGGAAACCGAAAGGUGUACGAUCUCAGUUACAAGGUCCAACUUUCAAACCAGCUUCUCAAAACUUCUCUGUGUUGAAUCGCCCACAACCAUUACAGCCAAUCCAUGGUAGAACAGAUUGGACAGCCAAAUAUGGAGGCCAUCGUUAGAUACAUGUUCAUUUAUUUUAUAAUGUAAAUUUAGACCAUUAUGAAUCUUUAUACCCUUGUGUUUCAUUGAAUCUAUAAACACACUUUGCUUGCCAAAAAUAUUCACAAUAUUUGAACUAGUUCAAGACUUUAGCUCAAAAAAUAUUUACAAAUACUCAGAGAAAUUAAAUGCACUGUAAUAUGAAUACGACGGUUUCAGCAAGAUGGGUAUAAUGCAAACCAUUCAGAGUGUAUAAUCUCACAUACAUAUACUUUGCUCUUGAGUUACAAAUGAUGAAUAUAUAAUAUAUAUAGACAGAAUAAAAACUGGUUUUAUUCUGUAAGCUCUGUUCCAAUAACAGUCUGCUGAACAUGCUAAAAUGUAGAAAUCAAAUGAUUACUGUGUUAUACUGGGCAUUAACAUUUCCUUUUGUCAGGAUUACGUCUUUUACCGAAUUAGUAGCACAUUUGUGCAGAUAUAAAUGCUUUGUAAAUUAAAUUAAAUCUAUUCAUAAACAUGAAAGAGUUUGUUGGUAGCCUUGUACUAUAGCAGAAGCUAUACUGAGGCAGCUGAAGAUAAAUCUAUCAUCUAAAGUCUACAAGUUAUUCUUAUUGAUACUGUGUAUUAUUAGAUUCUUUGUACAAAAUUCUGAAGUAUAACAUUGAAGUGCGGUACAAUUUGUGUGUCAAGUCUGGUUUGCAGUAUUUACUAAAGCUUUCUUACUUACACUCAAGCUAAAUCUAAUACUUGC